UAUUUGUUUUCCGAAAGUUGACCAUAGUGACGAAUGUCAACAGUGUUCUCACAUUGUAUUUAUUAUAUUUUUUUUUUUAUAAUUUAUUGUGCUAAUGCAUAGCUAAAUAACCUGAAAUGUAAUGACAGAACGGAGCAGAGAUGACAUUGAUGACAAGUUUAGAGUUUGUUUGAAGUCUAAAGUGAUGUCAGAAGUCAGGACAAACGCGGAUAUAGCUGGGGGAAUGACCAGUGUGGAGCAAGGAGGACCAGCUCAAGAUGAACCUUUCAAUCCUGAUUCACUGGGUAUUCAAGAUGCUGGCCACCCGUCUUCAGCUGCUGCCAGUCCCUCGCCUUCUGCUGAAAGUGGCUUGUUAUCAUUACCAUGGGAGUUGGUAACCCACAUUGCUUCACACCUUCCUGCUCAGUGUGUCAUCUCUGUGCUGCCACAGGUCUGUCAAACUUUAGGCAAUGUUGGUAAGGACAGUACAGCUUGGCAACUCCGAGCACGCAGAUUAACAGGAUCCCAGGCUCGUUUUCCGGUUGGGCCAAGGGAUGACUUUGAUUGGCCAGUUGCUUGCGUAGAGAUGGAACAGCUGACGACCUGCUGGACAAACCAUGCACACCUUUUGGCCAGAGAGAACCAAGAAGAUAAGGAGGACAUACCUCAAAUGAGACAGCAGCAAAGGGAAGGUAAAGAUAUGGAAGUGAAUCCAGAAGAUGAUGUCAGACUUGCUGAGGAGGAAGAAGGAGCAGGAGUGCUGGCAUUGGAGGCUGCAUAUGGUGCUGAUGAGGGAGUAGAUGUGGCAGUAGAAGGUGAGGAUGAUGAAGUACAGCCUAUUGAGGGUGAGGACCAACUAGCAAGUCUGAGAGAUGUCUUAGAAGUAGAACGGGACCACAGAGUACAGUAUGAUGCAACUGACGGAAACGACGCUGCUCCUAACCAUCAAGAAGACAUGGUGGAUCCUAGGAAUGAAGGUGACGGAGGAGAGGCAGCUGCAGGGCAUUAUCAACCUCCUCGAAGUCCCAGUCCACCUCCAGCACUGGAAUGCUUCACUGUGCACACAGACCACAUCGCCCAGGUGAACUCUGUUUUUCUUUUGGGAGAUGACAGAAAUGUUUGUGCCACUGGUUCCAGGGACUGGAAUGUGAAACUCUGGGAUCUGAAGGCUAAAUCUCGCAGUGCACCACUGCAAACCUUGGGAAGUCGGGGCAACUAUAGCACUCAUCAGGGCUGGGUCUGGUGCCUGGCAUCUCAGGGGUCAGAGCUGGCCUCAGGUGGAUUUGACAGUACAGUGAAAUUGUGGGACCUUCAGGCAGGAGGAGCAGAGAGAGGUGUGAUCAGAACAGGUGCUGCUGUUCUCUGCCUGCAAUAUCAAACAAACCUGCUGCUCGUGGGGGCGUUUGACAAGAGGGUCAGCAUGUAUGACACCAGAGUGGCUGAACCUCUGGUGAAAAGUGUUCGUCUCCAUAGUAACGCUGUAAUGUGCCUAGCUGCAGACGAUAACUACAUCAUCUCUGGCAGUAAAGACUGUACAAUGGUUGUCUAUGACUGCAGAGCUGACAAGAUCUUAAAGAAAAUUCGGCUCAGGUCCUACCUGCUGUCCAUGAGCUACUGUGGCAGUGAAGUGUGGGCAGGAGACAACAAAGGCAUGCUCCACUCCUUUUCCAUGCAGGCAGGAACCCUAAAACCUCUCUCCCGUUUCGAUGUGGGCCACACAGCAGUGGUCACUGGUAUCCACAAUUCCCCUGGUGCCCUUUACACCUGUUCAUCUGAUUGCACUGUCAAGGUCCACAUUCCCUGUGCCCCCCCAAGGACAUUAUGUACACUGCGCCACCAAGCUGGAGUCAAUGGGCUGAGUGUGAACGCUGGAGUCCUUGCUGUGGCCUCAGGGGACAUGUCUGUUGAAGUCUGGAGACCCAGAAAAUGAAGAGCGGCGGCAG